AGUCUCCACCAGCAGCGAUGUCAAGAAAUGGAUACUUCUUUGAAGAGAGUGGGUACCUCAAGUGCGACACAGAUGAUGGCUGUGAGACCAAGGAGGAGACAGGGGGUGAGGAGCUUUUCGACGCGGUGAACUCCUCCAUCGUGUCGGGGGACAGCAUCCGCUUCUUCGUCAACGUCAACCUGGAGGUGCCACCGAAUGCCACUGCUGAAAAUGAAAGUGCUGGCUGCGUGUUACUGCACACAUCAAGGAAGUACCUGAAGUUAAAGAAUUUUGAGGAGGAAGUCAGAGCUCACAGAGACCUGGAUGGGUUCUUGGCCAGAGCCAGCAUCAUCCUUGACGAAACGGCCACUUCCUUGGAUGAUGUUCUUCGGGAGAUGCUGAAACACUUCGCUGAAGAUCCCGAGAAUACAGAACCAAGCUGCAACUUUGAAAAAAUCAUGAGCACUUUAUUCACGGAUUCAGGGACCCCACGAGAAGGGAAUGGCACCCCUGAUGUUUCAGAGUCAACAGGAAUGAAUAUACAAACAUGUCCAUCGCACCUCAAAUUUCACCUCUUAUCAGAUACAAUUCAGGGGGUCACGGCGACAGUCACAGGGGUGCAGUAUCAGCAGUCCUGGCUCUGUAUCAUUUGCACUAUAAAGUCCCUCCAGAGACGUCAUGUUUGCAUCAGCCGCCUGGAGAGGCCUCAGAACUGGGGUGAGAACUCCUGCGAAGUGAGAUUUGUGAUAUUAGUCCUGGCUCCUCCUAAAAUGAAAAGUACCAAGACUGCUACAGAAGUGGGCAGGACCUUUGCCACAAUGUUUUCGGACAUAACCUUUCGGCAGAAGCUCCUAGAAACCAAAACUGAAGAGGAGUUCAAGGAAGCCUUAGUCCACCAACGGCACUUGUUGACAGUGGUGAAUCAGAGACCCUCGGGGAUGAGCGAUGGGCACAAAUCGCAUGGUCCCAAGCCCCUCAAGCUGCAUGAGUUUCUCAACGUUGGCAAGGGGAUUUCUGAUGACAUUGCACGAAGAUUUCCAGUGUACGCGUUGGACUUCACUGACG